AUGGAACCAACUGCAGCACCAAUAGCCUUGCCAUUGUCCACAUUAGUCAGAUCUCCUCUCCUCAAUCCCAUUGUCAAACACAAACCCUCACUCAUCUACACCACCAUUAAACUCGUGGGAAUAGGAGACAAAAAGAGGCUAACAGCCUUAUCGCUAAAGAAGAGAGAGGAAAAGAAAAAAGGUCAAAUCUUAUACUACUUCGAUCUCCCUUUACAGGUGGUGGUGGUGGUGGAUAACACCACCUGCAACAAAAGGAACAGGAAGUUAAAAGCUAUUAGGAGGA